CUCAUAGAAGUCUGCACCAGUGGAGGUGACCCAAUGCGGCUGUUGCCACUGCUGAAAUGAAUAUUAGACUGAUGUGUCACAGCUGUGGGCCUCCUCUGCCUGACAUCUGACAGAGGUCCUACUCAGAAAGAAGAGCUGUCCAAAGGGCUGUGUGCCAGUGCCUUUGCUCCUGCUGCAACAGUGAUGCUAGGUCUUCAUAGCUGCAGCUGUGCUGCUAUUUAUUCUCUUUUCUCCCUUUUUGUUUCUUCGAAUGUUCCCCAUCUGAGGUAUUUCACAGCAGGUUGAGCUUUUUGGGGCUUUUCUGUCAGUGUUUUGAAAGGUGUGUGUUGCAAACGCUGUCUCCAACCCUAUUUUUCACUCCUUUGGAGGUGAGGAAGGAACUCAUCAGCCUGUCUGUUGUUUAGUGCCAACUCUUCUUCCACUAGUGAGGCUCCUGGACAUUAUGGGACAGUGAACCAGAGCAGUGCUGUGUUAUUUGUGCAGGCAGUAUCUCAGAAAUACUGUAUUAAAAGUUUAAUCAUAGUUAAUGUGAGCAGUGUUGGUGGUAGAUUGCUGUCUAAUACUAUGGAAGCCCAUGAGGAAUGGUGGAGAUCUCUGUGAGCUGCUGGAUUUCAGCUAUGGCAGUGGUGUGUUUAUAAAUCCACACCGACAGUGUUCUCAUUAGACAUUUGGCCUUGAAGUAGCUUUUGGCCUGGCCUGUGGUGUCUGAAGAGGGAAGCAAGUACUGAGCCAUCAUGGACAGGUCCAGCUGAGAACUCAGAUCACUAGGCAAGGCCUGAGACCAUUCAGGAGAUCCAUCUGCAGGCUAAAUUCUGUGGCUACCAGGAAAGCCUGAGGUCAAGCCAGGCUCCAGACCAGCAGGGGAUGAUCCGUCUCCUCUCCCCCCACCACAUGCCUUGCCUGCUCCUUUAAAUUUAUGACUGGAUGGAUUGAACACCACUGAUACUGUGAGAAAUUCAGUUGCAUGCACUGGAUAUUCCUCCUGAUUAAUUCUUGUUUGUGAAAUUCUCUCUUAUAGCCAGUUAAAAGAAAAUCAAGAAUCACUGCACAGUUGGAGAACUGAAAGGUGAAUUUCAGAGACCUCUUUCUUCUCCAGUGUAGGGUUCACCAAGCCCCAGCCAUGGUCUGCAUCUGGAUGGUAUAGACCUCAGAUCCAGGAGCAGCAUUGCUUGUACUGAACCUGCUGCACUCAUCCCUUCUUAUGGUUGUGCCAGGUAAGAUAAAAACCUGGGAUCAUAUAACACGGGCUUUACUAGGUCAUGUUAUGACUUUCAUGAUCUUCUCUGUUGGGAUAAAUGGGCCUUUAAUACAUCUCAGAGAAAUGCCUCCUGGAAGGUGGUGGAAAGGGAAGAACCAUUUUCCGUGGUCUCUUUCUCACUCCUUUGUUGUGUUUAUACUACCAACUUGAUUUCUUUCUUGCUGGCUUCCAAUGUCUCACUCUGUGCCCACGCAAGGUGAUGGACAGCAGAGCAGAGAUGGAGGUUGUGAGAACCAUGAAAGGAAAUGCUGCUGGGGAGGUCAGCGUUCAUGUGGUCACCACUGAGAGCACUGUGCAGAGCACCCACCUGCCAACAACUGCCUUCAUCUUACCAGCAAAUGCCACUACCAUCAACCUUCCUACAAGCACCUUAGAAAUCCAGCGAUUCCCCAGGGAGCCACCAAGAAACACGGGGGCUGAGAGGCCAGAGAAAGGGGUAGGAAGUGAACCCAUCACAGCCACUGUCAUCCCCCAGAUCAGUGGGGUGCAGGCCUGCAACACAGUCCGUGUGCUGGAGUGGAAAGAUGGGGUGGCUACUUUGCCUGGGAGUAACCUGCGGUUUCGAAUAAAUGAGUAUGGGACGCUGAAGGUGGUGAGUGGUGACAAGAUGCCUCCAGCAGAAGCUAUAAAGGAGGGUCAUGCGAAGAAAGAUGGGGAGUCAGAUGUGGCACCUGAUAGCAGGGACAAUACUAUUGUUGCUCAGGAUGUGCCAGAGCAACCCAAACUGCCUACAGCAGAUAGCAUUUGCCACUGUGAUACCUGUGGCCGGAGACAUGUGUCAGAUGGAGCCCGGGAAGGCAGAGGUUUCUGCAGCGAGCAUUGUCACCAGCAGUUCAAAGAAAGGUCUGUCAUUGUGGAAAACUCUGCCAGCAGCACCAGUGCCACUGAAAUCCUCAAGCCAGUGAAGAAACGAAAGAGGAAGGACUACCAGAGCCCUUCAGAAGAAGACUAUGAAUCUGAGCAAAUGGAGGAAAAGCAGGAAGAGCUGAAAAACUCUGUGGGAGACUCUGCCAUCAGCAAUCCAGAGGCUGAUACUUGGAGCCAGCACGGUAUGGAGGGGCCAGGUGCCAGCGAGGAGAAGAAAGAAGGCUGGUCUUGGGCGUCCUACUUGGAGGAGCAGAAAGCUGUCGCUGCCCCUUUAGAUCUCUUCCAGGAUUACCAAGUAGCUUCCCAGCACAAGAAUGGCUUUAAAGUGGGGAUGAAGCUGGAGGGAAUUGAUCCACAACACCCAUCCAUGUACUUUAUCCUGACGGUGGCUGAGGUAUGUGGUUAUCGGAUGCGUCUCCACUUUGAUGGCUAUUCUGAGUGUCAUGAUUUCUGGCUGAAUGCUGACUCCCCUGACAUCCACCCUGCUGGCUGGUUUGAAGAGACAGGACACAAACUCCAGCCUCCAAAAGGUUAUAAGGAAGAAGAAUUCAGCUGGACAAAUUACCUGAAGAUAACAAAGGCGCAGGCAGCUCCUAAGCACCUCUUCAUGAUCCGAAACACUCAUGAGGCUCCUCCAGGCUUUGAGGUGGGCAUGAAGCUUGAGGCUGUGGACCGCAUGAAUCCUUCCCUGAUCUGUGUUGCCACAGUGACUGAUGUGGUGGACGAUCGCUUUUUGGUGCACUUUGACAACUGGGAUGAUACUUAUGACUACUGGUGUGACCCCAGCAGUCCAUACAUUCACCCAGUCGGAUGGUGUCAGGAGCAUGGCAAACCCCUCACACCUCCUCAAGAUUAUCCUGACCCUGAUAAUUUCAUCUGGGAAAAAUACUUAAAAGAAACAGGAGCAUCUGCUGUCCCAGCUUGGGCCUUUAAAGUGCGCCCGUCCCAUGGCUUCCUGGUCAAUAUGAAGCUGGAGGCAGUGGACAGGAGGACUCCUUCCCUCAUCCGAGUGGCCAGUGUGGAGGAUGUGGAAGAUCACAGGAUAAAAAUCCAUUUUGACGGCUGGAGUCAUGUAUAUGAUUUCUGGAUUGAUGCAGAUCAUCCAGACAUACAUCCCAUAGGCUGGUGCUCAAAAACUGGUCAUCCGCUGCAGCCUCCUCUUAGACCAAAGGAACCAGCUUCCUCUGCUCACUCAGGCUGCCCAACCCUGGGCUGCAAGAACAUCCCUCAUACCAAGAGCUCCAAGUACAGCUUUCACCACAGGAAGUGCCCCACGCCGGGCUGUGAUGGAUCAGGACAUGUGACAGGGAGAUUCACAGCACACUACUGCCUCUCAGGGUGCCCGCUGGCAGAGAAGAACCAGGGCAGGCUUAAAGCAGACUUGUCUGACACCGAGGCCUCAACUCGCAAGAGGAACCUGAUCGGCUUCCCUCAGCGGAAGAAAUCGCGGCACCAUGGGAGAGGGCGACCUCCAAAGUACCGGAAGAUCCAGCAGGAAGACUUCCAGACUAUUUCUCCAGACAACAUGCACCAGUCGCUCUUCAUGUCUGCCCUGUCUGCCCAUCCUGACCGCUCUCUAUCACUGUGUUGGGAGCAGCACUGCAAACUCCUACCAGGAGUGGCUGGCAUCACAGCAACCACAGUAGCCAAGUGGACAAUUGAUGAGGUCUUUAGCUUUGUUCAAACUCUGACGGGUUGUGAGGACCAAGCCAAGCUCUUCAAAGAUGAGAUGAUUGAUGGCGAAGCAUUCCUCUUGCUGACUCAGGCUGACAUCGUCAAGAUUAUGAGCGUUAAGCUGGGCCCGGCUCUCAAGAUCUACAAUGCCAUCCUCAUGUUCAAGAAUGCUGAUGACACCUUAAAGUGACUUUCCUUGGUCCCACUGGGACCUUCCUUCAGCACUGGUGCUGCCAAACUGCCUGGCCAGGACAGAGACCCCCCUGAGUGCGCUCAGCUUGUUGUGUCCUGCAGCAUCUCCUACAGUCUGUCUCCUCCUGUCCCCUCCCUCACUCUUUCUCCAUGCCACCUCUCUGCUCCAGUGCUGAGCGCAGGCUGGCCACAAGAUGCAGAGACAGGGGGUGGAUGUGGGACUGCCUUAGUGCAAAAGAUGCUCUAAUACUCUACUGUAACUGCACCCAUUUGGGGUGUGAUCAAGGAUGGGGGAGUGGUGCAGAGGUUGUAACAGCUGGAGGCUGACAGCUCAGCUUAAGCCACCAAGGGAAAGGACUGAUUGACUGCAUACAUGCUUGAAGGCUGGUCUUUGCUCAACAACUGGGAGAGAUUUUUGUUCCUUUUUUUUUUCUUCUUGUGUUUUCCUCUGGGGGAUUAGAUGCUCUAAAGGAGUUUCUGCUCACUUUGCCUUUUUGUCUUUCAGUUCUGUGACUCAAGGCUAGAUGAUAACUUUGCUUUGCCCCUCACUGUGCUGGGAAGCAGUGGCCUCAUCUCUUGCUCUUUCUGGCAAGCAGUGAGUCCUGGCUGCAGCUCUGCCUAUGACCAUCUAUGUUUUGAUCACAGAGGCCUGGUGGGGCUAGGGCUUGGUGACUGUAGAACAAGCUCCAUUUCCUCUUAUGCAAGCUGUCUUUGCCAGCAUGUCUGUGGGAGAAAGAGUGGUUGGUUAAAUUGUUCCCCUUUCAGCAAUUAAAAAAAUCCUUUGCAAGGGAGAGUCAAGCCUACUUUGGUCCAUGUAUUAGGGGCAAAGCCCUUUCUAGAGCUGAGGCAGCUGCAAAGGGCAAAAAAUAUCCACAGGCAGAAUGAGGGCUUAGUUCCAAAGGCAUUCUUGGCCUGGCUUAAUCAGUCCUACCAAUCUGCCUUCUCCCCCAUUUUGCCUUUGUGUGGUCCCUGAGCAUUCCUGUAUGAAGAGCAGGGUGCCUCGCUGUUCCUGGAUUUCUUCCCUUCAAAACCAAAAGGAAGUUGGUUUUUUUUAUUAUUUUUUCCCCUCCUAUAUUUUUACUAAUAUAUGACUUUUCCAGCAAGGAUGCAUGCACUUUGGAAAUGCUCAUGUAGCGCUCUCCCCUGUAACAGAGCAGUGUUCUGGAAGAAGACCCUCUCUUCAGAUAUUCCAUGUGUCCCCUGCUCCUCGGGAUGAGGCCCUGAAGCACUCACAUGGCACUCACUGUGGUCUGCCAUCCUUAUGUGCACAGCUGCUGCAGGUGUUGUUGGAGCAGCAAAGUGGCAGUGCUGUGCUGCAGGGCAGCCACACACCCCAAGGGCUCUCCAUAGUCUGCAGUGAUGUGAUCCCUUAAGUCCCACACUCACUUUCUUUCCCAUUCCCAAGAAUGUUACCAGUAGCAAAAUAUUUUUUCCCCUUUCCCAGUGUCCAAAGAGAUGAGGUGUCUUAGCAAGUGCACCAGCAGAAGUGGAGCAGA